AUGAACGUCCAAGUAGAACUACCGGAGAAGAAGAGGAAGAGGACGAAGAAGACUAAGAAUUCGUAUCCUUCUUCUUCACCACCUCCGUCUUUUUCUUUACUCCCAGAUGAAAUCCUUGUGAGUUGCUUAGCCAGGGUCUCGAGUUCGUACUACCCAACGCUCUCAAUCGUUUCCAAAAGCUUCCGUUCAAUUCUCUCUUCCGCCGAGCUCAAAGCAGCUCGAUCCCACCUUGGAAACACCGAACAGUGGCUCUACGUCUGUCUAUACGAUAUCAGUUUUCACACUCACCAAUGGUUUAGACUUUUGCUUAACCCUAAUGGAACCCUACCCGACUCCGUGAUUAUGAAGAAUAAGACAAUUGAACAGUUGCUGGUUCCCGUAACUUUUAGCUCUUCUUCUAACCUUCCAUCAGUAUCAAAAUCCACAAUUGCUGUUGGUUCAGAAAUUUAUGUAAUUGGCGGACCAGUGGACUAUGCACCGUCCUCCGCCGUGCGGGUGCUUGAUUGUUGCACUCACACUUGGCGCAAUGCACCUAGCAUGAAUAUAGUCCGGAUGAAUGCCUUGGCAAGUUUACACGAUGGGAAAAUAUAUGUAACUGGUGGCUGCCUAGGGGUGAAAUCAUGUGAUGAGGUAUUCGACAUAAAGGCUCAGACUUGGGAACGUCUUCCUGACCCGUCGGGUAGUGAGUUAAGUUACUGUGACAUAAAUUUUGGGUGGACAAAUGUGAAAGGGUUAGACUCACUAAGGGAAAAGUAUGAUUGGAACGGUAGUACAACUAAAUUAGUUAGCUGUGGUGGGAAACUCUUACUUGUUUGGCAAGGGUGCGGGAACAGUAGUCCCGAUAAUAAGAAGAUUUUGGGCACGGAGAUCGUCCUGGAAAAGUGUGUUGGAGGUGAGCUUUGGGGAAAAGCUGGGUGGCUUGAUGUUUUGUAUACCGUCCCUAGAUUACGUCAGAAGCUUUUGCAUUGUCUAGCGGUCUCGGUUUGA